CACUGGACCACUGUUUUAUUUGCAGUCCACACCCAGCCACCCCUGUCCUUUCUCGCCAUAGGCACCUGUUCUGGGUCUGUGUCAUGGUCCCUGUAUGCGCCUUUUUUUAGGUUUUUAGGUUCGUUCAGACGCAGGACUGUAGGGGCAGAAUUCGUCUUGGAUUCCUCGGUCCGCUCUGUGUGAAUGGGCUGAGGAACCUGGGUGACCAGAUGGAGGAGUGUCCUGAGGAGCAGGCAGAGCAACUCAGGAGGACGUUGGGGCGAUCAGGCAGAGGCGGGCCUGGUAGUCUUCUGCCUGUGCUGGAAAUGAGAAUGGGUCAGCCAUUGGCCGGCUGUGGAUGAUGCAGCACAGGGACUCUUGCACUCAUGGCUCUUCUUCUCUUAGCUUCUAAGGUUCUUGCUUUUCCACAUCAAGAAGACAGUGCACGAAGCCAGGGGAUAUCCGCCAUGUUCCAAACAACUUGGCCUCAGGCUCCAGCAUGAUAUCUGAAGGGUAACUGCUCCUGGCCAAGAGUGCAGUCUGGCUGCUGGUCUGGGGGAGAGUGGGUCCACUGGUUCUGGAGUUGUCAGGGAGGCUGACAGCGGCGGGAGACAGUGACCUUUGAGGAUGUGGCCGUGUACUUCACCCAGAGUCAGUGGGCCAGCCUGAACCCUGUGCAGAGGGCCCUGUACAGGGAGGUGAUGCUGGAGAAUUAUGCAAACGUGGCUUCCCUGGGUAAGGUCUCUCAGCGACCCUUUGUGAUAGUUUGGUGCCUUCCUCAGAAUUUCAUAGGAUUCGAGAAGUCUGUAGGUUUGACUCUAAAGGUUCUGCAGUCACCAGCCUCUGGAGAUGCUGGGCGAGGAAACCCCUGGUUCCCUUUGGUUUUGAAAUUGGAGUUGCUGACACCCCAGGGAAGGGAGUUGUUCUGGGCCCCGGGGAACAGCACUCUUCCUGGUGCUCUAGCCUUUCCAUUCCCCAGGCCUGUUCUGGUCUCCCAGCUGGAGAGAGAGGAAGCACCGUGGGGCCCAGAUCCCUGGGAAGCUGAGAUUCCGAGAGGCCUCCGUCCGGAUGCAUGUGGCUAUUUCAUGGGUGCUAGGUCCUGGAUCAAGACUGAAGAGCCAGCUGUGAAGCAGGAAGGCUCUGAGGAAUCAGAGUCGGGCAGAAGGCCAGUAGGAGGACUUCUCAGGAAUGUUUCUCAGCACUUCGAUUUUAAAAGCAAGGCAAUGUGGCAGACUUUCAGUCUAAAUCCAAAUCUGGUACUUCGAGGUGGAAUGGAGUUCUAUGAAUGUAAAGAAUGUGGGAAAACCUUCAGACAUAAUUCAUGGCUUAUUCGACAUCAGAUAAGUCAUACUGGAGAAAAGCCCUUCAAGUGUAAGGAAUGUGGCAAAGCUUUCAAGUCCAGCUAUGACUGUAUUGUACAUGAGAAAAAUCACAUUGGAAAAGGGUCCUGUGACUCUAAGGGGUGUGGCAAAGGUUUGAGGUCUGACACGUCCUUGACUCAACAUCAAAGCAUCCACACUGGAGAGAAACCCUAUGAAUGUAAGGAGUGUUGGAAAGCUUUUGGUUAUAGGUCACUUUUUAUUGUCCAUCAGCGAAUUCAUAGUGGGGAGAAACCCUACCAAUGUAAGGUGUGUGGCAAGGCUUUCACUCAGAAGAUAGCCUCCAUUCAGCAUCAGAGAGUUCAUACUGGAGAGAAGCCCUACGAGUGUAAGGUGUGUGGGAAAACCUUCAAGUGGUACAGCAGCUUUGUUCAGCAUCAGAAAUUGCACCCUAUAGAGAAAAACCACAGCAAGGUUCUUGGACCUUCCCCCCUGAGCCCACAGUGCCCCUCUUCAGCCUUAUCCCCUGUUUCUCUCCAGGGUCUAGGCGCUGAUCCCACUAUGUCUGUGCCUUCACUGACCUUUCCAAAUGCUGUGCUCAUUCCUGCCUCUGGGCCUUUGUUCAUGCUGUUGCCCACAUCAGGAAUAUCUUCUUCACCUGUCCAAACAGUACGUGUUUUCCAGGGCCUUGCUCCUUCUGUGAAGCCUUCCCCAGUUAUUCUGACUCCUCCUCCUCACUCCUCCUAAGCUUUGUCUUCGUGCUUUUCUGCUCAGCAAAUGUGCAACCUAAUUUGAAUUUCAUUUGUAUUUUUUCUCACCUUACACAUAUUACAACUGUUCUGGCAUAACUCCUUAUAAUCCAUGUAUAUUUAAAGGCUAGAUUUACAUAAUACAUUCUGUUUUCUUUUGGAAAAUGGAAGUACUUGACCUUUGCAUUGGCCCCUUUCAGAAUCUGACAGUAAUGGCUGUAUCUGCGUGUGGGUGUGCUCAAGUUAGAAAUGCUGGUAUGACCCUUUGUUGUGUAGAGAAGCUUCGGAGGGAGGAUAUCCCUGUAUUAGGCCAUUGUAAUUAGAGAGAUGCAGCUGGAAGAACCAGAGAUGGCAUGCAGGAACUGGGAGCAGAGAAUGGGAAUAAGCUUCCUACAAUGGACUUUAGAAAUUAAUGCAUAUUGUUCAGUGGGCCAAAUGGUUCAUUAAUACAAUUGAGUCACAUUGACCUUGGCAUGGAUCAUUGAGGAUCUCAUCUGCUGAUGGAAAAGAUCACGUGAGAUAACCAGUGAAGAAUGAUAUGUGCAAAGUGAUAGAAAUCAUCUACAUGGUAGCAAUUAUGUCUUAAAAUAGGAAGUGUUUUUCAUUUUCUUCUUUAGUUUUGCUCUUGAUGUUUAGCUGGUUCUUUUUAAUUUCAGUUUCCUAAGUAUGUGUCAAAGCAUUCAUCUUUCUUUCAUCUGUUGUGUACAUUUGUCCUGGUGGGUGUUCUGGUUUUCUUCUUGCAGGCACUGGCUUCUACAUUGAAUAUUCUCCAGACAGCGUGAAUCGUAAAUAUGAAUUUGUGAAUUGCUAAAGAAAUAGGAGCAACAGUGUAAAGCCAACUUGGGGGAAAUCUGAAUUAGGAUCCAAAAUUGUUCUUAGGAAUAAAGGGGCUGUGGGUCAAUGGAUUGCUCUUGGCUUUGAUCUUGAUGAACAUUCUUUUACAUCUGGGCCAAAAGACUCUGAAGUAAUUUCUGGAAUAAUAACCUGCAUUAUGCAUUAUUAGCAUUAAUAUAAAAUAAAUCCUUAAGAAUUGGUGAAA